UGCUCUCCUGUCUGUGAAUCAACUUCAUUGCUGACUGACCCUGAAAAACACGCGACAAGACUCGGACCCGGACUUUACAAGUGUGGAAGACUGUGCGAUCCUUGGCAGUGUUCUGAGACUGUACAGUCCACUUUCGCCUUGUUUUUUUGCUAUUGGAAUUGAGUUUAUUGCAUUUUAAGAUAGACUGUGCGCCUUUGGGGCAUUUAAAAGGAGCAAACGGUGGUUGUGGUGAUUUGGAGCGCGUCCUCUUCGCACAGAUAUCGCACUGGUAUUGAACUUCGGAAAUUACAAAGGGGACAGUGACAUUUAGAGAGAGAUGACAGCUGAGAAGGAGAAGAAGAGAUGCAGCUCAGACCGUCGCAAGGAGAAGUCUCGGGAUGCAGCUCGAUGCAGGCGCAGUAAAGAGACCGAAGUGUUUUAUGAACUAGCCCACCAGUUGCCCCUUCCACACAGCAUCAGCUCACACCUGGACAAAGCGUCCAUCAUGAGACUGGCCAUCAGCUUCCUGCGCACACGUAAAGUCAUCGCCUCAGGCUGUGUUACCACCACAAAGACGUCAGAGGUAGACCGAUUGAUGGACAGCUGGUAUCUGAAGUCUCUGGGCGGCUUCAUUACCGUGGUAACAUCAGAUGGAGACAUGGUCUUCUUAUCGGAAAACAUCAACAAAUUCAUGGGGCUCACACAGGUAGAGUUAACAGGGCACAGCAUUUUUGACUUCACUCACCCCUGCGACCAUGAAGAGAUUCGUGAGAACCUCAGCCUCAAAAGCGGCAUGGGGAAGAAAGUCAAGGAGCUGAACACAGAGAGGGAUUUCUUCAUGAGAAUGAAAUGCACAGUCACGAAUCGCGGUCGCACCGUCAACCUCAAGUCAGCCAGCUGGAAGGUGCUACACUGCACGGGUCAUCUAAAGGUUUAUACUGGCUGCCCUGCGCGUGUGCUCUGCGGUUUCAAAGAGCCACCCCUGACCUGUGUGGUCAUGAUGUGCGAACCCAUCCCACAUCCAUCAAACAUCGACACGCCCCUCGACAGCAAGACGUUUCUGAGUCGGCACAGCAUGGAUAUGAAGUUUACUUACUGUGAUGACAGAGUUACCGAAUUGAUCGGCUACAGCCCUGAAGAUCUUCUUGGUCGAUCUGCAUAUGAUUUUUAUCACGCUCUGGACUCCAACAGCAUCACCAAAAGCCACCAGAACUUGUGUACUAAAGGGCAGGCGGUGAGUGGUCGGUACAGGAUGUUGGCUAAGCAUGGAGGUUAUGUGUGGAUGGAGACACAGGGUACCGUCAUCUACAACAGUCGCAACUCCCAGCCACAGUGCAUUGUGUGCGUGAACUACGUGCUGAGUGAUAUUGAGGAGAAAUCCACAAUCUUCUCUAUGGAUCAGACUGAGUCUCUGUUCAAGACUCACCACUUUUCAAGUGACACGCUCUACUCCAAACUCAAAGAGGAACCUGAGGAUCUCACCCAGCUGGCACCUACACCUGGUGACACCAUUAUCUCUCUUGACUUCGGUCAGCCACAGUAUGAAGAGCACCCGAUGUACAGUAAAGUGUCUUCGAUCGCACCUCCAGCCUCCCAGUCUAUUCGUGACAGCCAUAAGAAAAGCUACACUGGAGACCUGCCCAAGAUGGCCGCCUCUUUCUCUGUGCCUCAAGCUCCGCCUCCAAGCAGUGCAACUCCAAGCUUAAGCAGCUGCUCAACGCCUAGCAGCCCGGAUGAGUACUACAGCGCAGUGGACAGCGAUCUGAAGGUGGAGCUUACUGAGAAACUAUUCUCCUUGGACACGCAGGAGACAAAGACUUCUUUCAACCAAGAGACUGACUUAAGUGAUCUGGACUUGGAAACAUUGGCUCCCUACAUCCCAAUGGAUGGAGAAGAUUUCCAGCUCAAUCCCAUCUGCCCGGAGGAAACAUCCACUGACCUUGGAGGCCUGGUGACAAACCAGCAGAGCUUCAGCAACAUUGCAAGCUUCUUCCAACCCUUGACCUCCCCCUCAGCAGCACAGUUUCAGCCUAACAUGAGUUCAGGAGGGGAAAAGCAGAACAUCAAUGGAGGCUCUGUGGAGUCAUGGCAGCCUGUACCCUACAGUAAUACUCCCAUGCAAAUCCCACCAUACCGCGAUCCAGCCUGCACCCCUUUGUCCUCUAUGGGGGGACGUCAAAAUCUGCAGUGGCCACCUGACCCUCCGUUGCACAAAGCUGGAAUGAUGGAUCCUCUAACAGCAAAGCGUUCGUGCCAAACCAUGCCAGCCAAUCGAAUGGCACGUUAUGUGCAAAGACCCAUGGAGAACUUUGGACAGAACUACAGAGAUAUGAGUCCAGCUCGACUCGCUCUCGCUAACAACUUCAAGCGCUCGUUCACACAGAUGGCUAUGGUUGAGCCACCGGCCACAAAGUCACAGCAGCCAAUGUGGAAGAGACUUAGGAAUGAGGGUUCUGCCACCAUGGACAGAAAGUCUCUCAGCACUAGCGCUUUAUCAGACAAAGGCAUGGACCAUAACGGAUGCAUGGAGCACCAGCACAGGAAGACUCAGUAUGCAGGUAAUCAAGCCGGACUGGCAACGAAAAGCUAUCGAGAGCAGUCCUGUACCUACAGAGAGUUCAACAUGCAGACUUCUUCUAAAAUGGACGGAAUCGCGAGUCGACUCAUCGGGCCGUCCUUCGAGAACUACUACUGUCUGCCUGAACUGACGCGAUAUGACUGCGAGGUCAACGUCCCCUUGCAAGGAAAUCUUCAUUUGCUCCAGGGUAGUGACCUUUUAAAGGCAUUAGAUCAGUCCACCUAAACCAGUAUGUAAACUAGCCCACAGAAAUGCAGUCAGUCUCCAUAUCUCACUAUCCUGACAGUAACUAUCCCAGCCUAUCAAACACUUAUACACAGACAAAUACACACACUCAAACUGACUGCAUAGACGGCAAAUGUAGCUUCGAUUCUAUUUUUAUUGUCUACAUCUUCAUAAAGUCUAUACAUGUACUAUUUUUUUAGUUGCAUAUCAAGUUUCCGAAUGAAUUUUAAGUAUUUUUGGAGGAGCUUAACUGUUGUGUUGUGAUGUCUUUGGCCGGCUGUUUCUCUGCAGAUAUCUUUCUCGCUGUCUGUCAACUUAAAAGAAAAACACACACAAAAUACAAAGAAAUAUGAUCUACUGUAAUUUCUUUAACUUUCCUACCUCUUGACACAUUAAGCCUUUUCUUCACUGACCACUUUCAAGUUAUAUGUUCUUUUGUGCCUUAUAUAUUAUUAUUAUUAUUAUUAUUUGCUUGGUUUUGUGUCUGUUUAUUGCCUUAUUGUGGAAACCACUCUAAAUACAUAUAUUUUUGUCAAUUUAGCUGUAAACAUACAUAUUUAAAGCAAAGAUUUCUACUAUAGAUUUCUACUUUGAUGAUAAAGUUACAUGUCGUAGCGCUUA